AUGAAUGAUAGAGAUGAAAAUGAGUUCAACAAUUAUAAUGAUCAUACCAAUAUCCCAUUAGAUUUUAUUGAAAAUCAGAAAUGCCUUAACAAUAAGGACCAAGAGGAUCAUGAUUGUGAUCAAGAACAAGAAUCGGCCGGAGAAGUUAGCGAUGGAGGAGUUGGAGGACCGAGUCCUGCUGAGAUUAAGCUCAAGAUAAAGAAAUCGUUGUUGGAGUUUCGAUGCAAAAUUCAGGAUGCGAUUCUCGGAAACUAUUUGCUAGGUGAAGGAGAAAAAGUUGCAUUAACAAAGGAAAAUCUUAGAAAUGUAACUCUAUGGGGUGUUCCUUUGUUACCAAGCAAGGGAGAUGAAGGUACUGAUGUUGUUUUGAGGAAAUUCUUAAAGGCGAAAGACUUCAGAGUCAAUGAUGCAUUUGAGAUGUUGCAGAAGACAAUGAUAUGGAGGAUUAAGAAUAAUAUUGAUAAGAUUCUUGAUGAAGAUUUGGGUUCUGAUUUAGAAAAUGUCGGGUUUUUGAAUAGUCGAGAUAAGGAAGGUCGUCCGGUUAGUUACCAUCUUUACGAUGUUUACAAAGAGAAGGGUUUGUAUAAGAAGUUAUUUGGAACACAAGACAAGUGUGAGUUGUUUUUGAGGUGGAGGAUUCAAAUGAUGGAAACUGCUGUUAAAAGGUUGUGUUUUAGAGGCGGAGUUGAUGGAAUUAUUCAGGUUUAUGAUUUGAAGAAUGCUCCAAUUCAAGGAAUGAAAGAGCUUCACUCAAUCAGCAAAAAAGCUCUUCUGUUGUAUCAAAACUAUUAUCCCGAAAUCGUUUACAAAAAUAUUGUUGUAAAUGCGCCAUUUUGGUUCUACACAUCACAAGUGCUAUUCUCAAUGUUUCUGAACCCAAGAAAUAAAAAGAAGUUCAUCUUUGCAAGACCACCAAGGGUCACACCAAUUCUCCUCAAGUACAUAGCCCCGGAACAUCUUCCGGCUGAAUAUGGUGGUCUACGGAGGAACAAUGACCAAGAUUUUACCGCUGAUGAUAAGGUUUUGGAGCUUAAAAUCCGAGCGAAUUCGCUUUCUACAAUUGAAUUUCCGGUCCAUGAAUCUGGAGUGACGAUAAUGUGGGAUAUAACUGUUGUUGGAUGGGAUGUGACAUACAAAGAAGAGUUCGUUCCAGAUGAUGAAGGGUCAUACAUUAUAUUACUACAAAACCAAAAUGUUGUUGGUGACAGUACAAGAAACUCUUUUUAUAUCAGUGAACCAGGGAAGAUAAGGAUAACAGUUGAAAAUGGUAACUUCAAGAAGAAGAAAAUGUAUUAUAGAUCGAAAACAAGAGUCACUGUUCCCAUGUUCAUCUUGCUAUCGUAA